UCCAGAUGUCGCGCGACUCAAGGCCGCCGUCAUGUCCUUGUCGCGGAACGCGCACAAAGGCGCGCUCAUGAAUUAAAUCGCGAUCGCGGGGUCCAGCGCGGUUUUCCCGGCGUGCGAGGAAUAUUCGCGGUGGAGAAAAGUCGCGUGUUAUGACGCGAUCGUCCGUCAGACUCUCGGCCCGACCGACCACCGUAAGAAAGUGCGCAAAGUGUCUCGCUUGUUGCACAGUUGCCAAGGCGACUGACGUGCGUGCGGCCGCGGGUGCGUGUCCCUCCGUCGCGUGAGUGUGCGUGCGCGCGUGUGUUACGUGGUGUGCUAUGAUAAAGGACGGAUCGUCGUCGGGACGCCGAUCCUCGUGUCGCCCUGACGCCUCGAUGCUCCGCGACGACGUAGCCUGAAGUUAGCGCAGCCACUCUUAUUAUGGACUACCCGGUGUUAGGCCACUACGACCCCACCGUAGAGGCCACGGACCACGGUAGCGGCGAGGAGGAGCAGGAACUGCUGUGGGAGGAAUGUAAUUAUGUUGUACCUGGAGAUGAGUAUGUACCUGCAGCGGAGCAGUUUGGAGAGGAUUUUGCUGGGGCUGAAUUUCACGAAACUAGAACAUUGCUCGCUGAUGGCGGAGAUAGAUUUGGAGUUUCCACUGCCACUUUCGAUACGAUUGAGGAGCUUAUGUGGAUGGGGAAUCAAGGGGGCCACGUAACAUCUUAUUAUGGGCCUGGUUUACAAAAAUAUACCUCUUUUCAAGUCCAUGCGACUCAAGAGAUCCGACAUAUUCAUCCUGUAGAUGAAGGGAUUUUAGUGUUGACCCAGAGUAUAUUGAGAUGUCAGCUGCGACGAGGCAUACCUAUAUUUACACACACGUCAACAAAUAUGAAUGACAUGCAGUGCAUGUUGCAAAUCUCUCCGACCAGAUUACUCAUGGGUGGACAUCAGGAUAAAAUAAUUGAUUUUAACCUUACUAGAGGAAAGGAGACUGGAUUAAUGGACGUAGGAGAAAAUGGUUGUGCGAUAUUGAGACAACACAGUAGACUUAUCUGUGCUGGUAAUCCUGCAGGACGGAUAGAUCUCAGGGACCCAAAUACAUUAUCAAUAGAGCAUACUCUGGAUACACAUAGUGGUUCCCUAAGUGAUUUUGAUGUACAGGGAAAUUAUCUUGUUACAUGUGGAUUCAGCAAUAGUCGUCAGGGCCUUACCGUUGAUCGAUUUUUAAUGGCCUACGAUCUGAGACAAAUGAGAGCAUUGAGUCCGGUCACUACUAUGGUAUAUCCUCUCUUAUUAAAGUUUCUACCAAGUUACUCCAGUCGCCUCGCAGUAGUAUCGCCACUAGGACAAAUGCAACUACUUGAUACAAUAUAUGCCAAUGUACAACCCUCAAUGACAUGUUUGUAUCAGGUUGCUACUGGCGGAGCGGCGAUAUUAUCAUUUGAUGUAGCUUCCACAUCUCAGUGUCUCUGCUUUGGAGAUUCGGCGGGUUCUAUACACCUAAUGUCUACCAACAAUCCGGAACCUCAAUUUAAUACAUUUUCUAGACCUACGGAAUUUGCCGAUCCAAUCGAGACAGUACAAUCAAUUCCUUUUGAUGAUGAUGUUACACCGUUUAGUACAAUACCGAUGGUAUAUUCUGAUCAACCACUUUUAAGUGAUUGGCCAGAAGAAUUUUUAAAAAAAGUUUAUAGGAAAACUCCAGCAAUAGAUCCUGAAAUUUUGCGCACAAUGAAAAUGCAGGGAACAAUAGGAUAUGCGCCAAAUCCUCAGGCUUUUCGCAGAAAUCAAAUACCGUACAAUUUGGAAAAACGACGUGGCUUAAUCGCGAAACCUUUCGCGGGGGACUCACGGUGUAAAACAGAUGACGGCACCUUUGUGGCCAUACCUAAGCGUUAUCGUAAAAUCGAGUUGAAAUAUUCACGACUCGGUUACGACGAUUUUGAUUUCGAUCAAUACAAUCGAACCAGCUUUUGCGGUCUGGAGGCCACUCUUCCCAAUAGUUAUUGCAAUGCUAUGCUGCAGUUACUAUAUUACUGCGAACCUGUAAGAAUAGCAUUGCUCUCACACUCGUGUCAACGAGAAUUCUGUCUUUCUUGCGAAUUGGGAUUCUUGUUUCACAUGUUGGAUAUAUCACGUGGAUUACCCUGUCAAGCUGCGAAUUUUCUGAGGGCUUUUAGGACGGUACCAGAAGCGGCAGCUUUAGGACUUAUAUUGAGCGACUUGCAUCCGGAAGCUAAGAAAAAAAUCAGCCUGAUUAGACUUAUACAAAGCUGGAAUCGAUUCAUUCUACACCAAAUACACUAUGAGAUACUGGAAACUAGAAAACGACAGCAGGAGGAAGAGGAGGCAGCGCGACUUAAAACAGGAUCCAAAUACCCUCCAUUUGUUUAUAACGAGCAGGAUUUCCCUAGCAUUCUUGAAGAUCUCGGUUCUCGAUAUAGAAGCCACGAUGACGAGAGGAAAAAAAAGAGAAAGCAGGAGGAGGAUGGUAAAUAUAUGUGGAUCACAUCGAAAGAUAAGAACACCAAAAAGUCUGCCGAAGAGAAUGAAGUGCGAGAUGAUGAAACAGAGAUCAGUCAUCUAUUUGGAUCUGAACAAAUGCACAUACAUCGCUGUCUCAAAUGUGGGCAAGAAGCUACGAAACAUUCCAUCAUGUUACUUUGUAAUUUAGUUUAUCCGGAAAUAAUCAAUCCUUCUGAAGAGGUACCGUUCACAAGUGUUCUUGCCCGCAGUUUAAGACCUGAGAAAAUUACACCCGCAUGGUGUGACAAUUGCCAGAAAUUUACACCUACUCUCCAGUCUCGACAAUUGACUAAACUACCUCAAAUAUUGGCCCUAAAUUGUGGCUUAGAUACUCAACAGGAUAAAGCAUUUUGGCAAAAUCAGAUGGACAUCGUAGUGCAAAAUGUAUUGACGGGGAAAGAGAGUAGUCCCAGUUCCAGUCCUGUACCUGUUACUGCGAAACCUUGUCGAUAUGGCAAUAAUUGUACACGAGUUGGAUGUCGAUUCAGACAUGUUGGUCGUGACUCAGAAACAGAGAAAUUAUUAACAUCGCCUUCUACUCCAUCUACCUCGUCGACAUCUGUUACACCCCCUAGUCAUUUAUAUUACUCGCAUUCCUGGAUACCUCACAACAUAGAGAUCUCCCUUGAAGAAAACGGUGAAAUGUCGGUUAAAAAAAUUAGCGAACCAAAAAAUGAAUUGAUGAAUGAUACAUCCGCACAAAUGAACGUGGUGGAGAACGGCCAAGAUGACAAAAUAGUGCGAACACUUUCCGACAACAACGUUGAAGACAAUAAUGACGAAGAUUGUAACAACAUUGAAAAUUGUAAUAUAGUAUCGAACUCGGAGGGAAAUGAAACAAAAAGUACAAAUUCAGAGAUCUCUAGGAAUAUUCAAAAAAUACAAUACGGUCUAAGUGCUGUCGUCUGUUAUGUUGACGAUAAAAAUAAUGAGGAACGGAGAAACAUUGUAACGUUGUUGCGAGUUGGACCAAAUUAUCACGUACGAUCGUCGGGCAAUCCUGUAUCGCAGUGGUAUAUUUUUAAUGAUUUUUGUAUAUCACCGGUGACACCGCAAGAAGCAGUGUGGUUUAAUCUCGAUUGGAAAGUACCAUGUGUGCUCCAUUAUACAGCGAUACCUGCACCUGAACCGACAGCAUAUGUCAGUCCUCUUACAUACGAUGUAUUUGGCGAAGAUAAAUGUAUCGCGCGAAGUGGUGGAACCAGAGGCAUUACGUUUACUCCUUUAGCGUCAGACGAAAUGCCUAAGAAAGGAGAAUUGGUAGGGAUUGACGCAGAGUUCGUUACUUUAAAUCAAGAAGAAUCUGAAUUGCGGAGCGACGGAAAAAUGUCAACUAUAAAACCAAGCCACAUGUCCGUAGCGCGAAUCACUUGUAUCCGCGGACAAGGUCCACUGGAAGGCACACCGUUUAUAGACGAUUACAUAAGUACUCAAGAGCAGGUGGUUGACUAUUUGACAAAAUUCAGUGGGAUUCAACCGGGUGAUUUGGACGCAAACUUUAGUAGCAAACAUCUUACCACUCUGAAAUCGACGUAUCAAAAGUUGAGGUUUUUAGUGGACAAUGGCAUAAUUUUCGUCGGGCACGGCCUAAAAAAUGAUUUUAGGGUAAUAAAUUUGGUAGUACCGCCGGAGCAAAUAGUAGAUACAGUUUUAUUAUUCCACUUACCUCAUCAUCGUAUGGUGUCGUUACGCUUCUUGACCUGGCAUUUUCUGGGUAAAAAGAUUCAAUCCGAAACUCACGAUUCGACCGAGGAUGCGCGAGCAGCCUUAGAAUUGUAUCGUAAGUACAAAGAACUAGAAAGCUGUGGCACAUUGAGGGAAACGCUUAAGGAACUUUACGAAGUGGGCACGCAGUUACAAUGGAAAGUCCCCGAUAGCUGAUAUGAGGAUAAUAUAUGUCAGGAUAUAGAUGAUCGAAUCAAUAGCGAUAAUGAUGAUUAGGUGAUGCUACAAAUGUUCAUGUGUCCUGUCCAUUGUCCAAUGUUACCGAGAGAAAGGUAACACUUUGCAGGUACUGUUCGUGUUGGUUGACAAAAAAUAUCCAUUUAGUCUAAUUCUGAAGACAGGGUUACAUACUCGUGAUCCACAGGAAGAAGGUUUUUCAACGCACAUGUAAUAUUAGAUAAAAUUUUAAGGUUUCGUGCACCAUGGUAUCGUGAAACUGAAAGAAUCACACAGAUAUCAAAACAUUGAUACUUGUUUAGGAUCCUCUCGUUUUUACUCGUGUGUUAGAUCAUUGUCAUGACUGUUCACUUUUGAUUCAGAGGUAAUACAUCAAAUCGAUCAUUAUUCGUGAAUCAUUAUCCGUCUUGAUAGUUCAUUAGGAAGAUUGAAUAAAAUGAAACAAAUUCUUGAGCGCGAUUUUAAAUAGGAAUACUAUUUUAAGUGCGACGCGAAUUUGUAUAUAUUAUCUAACAUAUUGGCGUUUUGAGGAGCAGUAACGAUUCCACACUGCCCGACGAAUAUCAAUAUUCACUCUAAUUUCCAUCGUUCAUACUGUAUCCCGUGUGAAAAAGAUAAUGUACUCCAUUCCGAUCCAAAUAUUUGCCGGGUAUAGACGUAAAUAGUACAGUAGCAAUAACUGAAUUACGUAUUUGUAAAUGUAUAAUAUUUCACUGUUUCCUUUUAUACGUAUAUUUCUAGCGUUUCUUUUCUAAAUUUUUGUACGAUUUUAUGGAACGAGGUUUCAUGCAGUUUUUUUUAUAAGGUAUUUGUUUUAUCUUAUAGGGAGAUCUUAUGGGGAGAUUUCAAUUUUCUCGAUCACAUACAUACACACACACACACACACGCAUACACAUAUAUAUGACAUGCAAUCACAAAUUGUUAAACAUCAGUCAUAUAUUUGUAGUUAUAUUUACGAUUAUUCAUCGUUCACUGAUCCAUUUAUGCGAAGCACUCGAAACGCGAAACAAAACUAUUAACGAAGAUGGUAGAAUAUUUUACAAACUGACAAUUGUAAUCUCUCGUUAUAGAUUAUUUUUAUACAAAUUUUAUCAAUGAAAAUGUGGAGAAUAUUACCCAAAUCUAUUACAAAGAAAAGACAAGAUUAAUAAAACAUAUAUUUUUUUAUAUCCCGAACUUUCUUAUAAUUUGUGCACGAUAAGUUAUAGACUGAUUUCGAUAGAAACAGUCAAUGCGAUCAAUCAAUAUACAGUACAGACAGUAUACACGGUGUUGAUGAUAAGAAAUUAAACGUUUCUUUUAUGCCGAUCGCUGUUACAUCAUUGUAAUUUUUCAAUAAAUAGUUGUACAAAAUUCACAUCCGAUCUAAUUUUACUCCUCUUAUAUUAAUUGAAGCUAUUCUUCUAAUAAUUUUAUUAGAAAAGAAAUUAGCAAUAUAUGCAUAAUGGUUAAUUUCAUUACAUAUAUAUAUUUUUUUUGUAUUAUGUCUUAACGUUGUAUGUACAAGUCAGCGCUAAUCUCUUAUACUAGAAAGUCUCCUUCCUAAUCAAAUAUUAUUGCGUUAAACCACUUUUCGUGGUAUAA